AUGAGCAAGCGCACGGUGGUGGAGUGGUCGCCGCAUGAUGCGUCGCUGUUCGCUGUGGGCGCAGACAACCUACGUUUGUUCGAGGUCACGACUUCAUCCUCUUCCUCUGGAGACUAUGCAGACGUCGCACCCGAGUUAUCGGCGCCCUCAACGCAGCGCAAACGCGCCUUCCGCGUCGUGCGCAUCAACGCCAAAGUCUCGCAGCUCAAAUGUCUGCAGUGGUAUCCGUUCAAUGCCAAGCCGCUGCUGAUCGCCACUGGCACGGGGUCAGACCCGCGAGCCCGUGUCAUGCGCGAGUUCUUGCCCAAGUACAGCCGUCCUUGUCAUGCCGUGGCGUGGAACCCGUCAGUGCCCAAUCAACUGGCUGCAGGCUUCGAGAAAGUCCGUAGUGAUUUCUGCACGUUAGUAUGGGACUUGAAUACGAGUAACGCAGUGGGAGUGGCAGGGGGAGGUCAGGGAAUGCCUAGAAGCAGUAGUAGUGGCAACAUUGAGAGCCUUGUGGACCAAGAUGGAGGCACGGAGAGGUCUCUUAACAUCAGGAAAGGAGGUAGCAAUGGAGGAGGGAGUGCCAGUGUCGGAGUGGGGGGCGGAAGCAAUGGAUUCUCCGCUGCAGACUCGAAACCAGUCCAUGAAUUGGCUAAUUCGGAAGCUACAAUGGCGCUGUCGUGGGUGCCACUGCAACCGACGUGUCUGGCGACUGGUACAGGGUUUAAAUGGCUGAGAGUGUAUGAUUUAAGGACCAAGGGGUCGUCGCCUAUGAGUGUGGUGGCACACAAUAAAGCCGUGUUAGGGGUCGUGUUCGACCAUCAUCGACCACACUUGCUCGCGACGUACAGUGAUGCACCCCAGGAGCCAGUCAAGGUGUGGGAUAUCCGACAAUUGGAGUCGUCAUCGGGGCCGCUGUUUUCAUUGUACCAGACCAGUAAAAACCUGUCGCAGGUGUCGUGGUGUCCAUCAAAACCAGGAAUUCUGGUCACAGCAUCUACAGAGGAGAAAUGGGUGUCCUUGUGGGACGUCACGAAGCAGGAGAGCGGAUCCUCGACUCUGAAGAAGCCUUUUCGUAGACGCUACACGUCGGAACCGCUCACAUCUUUCUCGUGGCAGCAUGUGGACUCUCCAUCGCGGAUACAGCGCGCCACAAACGCUGGCAAGAGCAGCAGUGCGCAGAAGCAUCAACUAACUGCAGCAGCUUUCCCGAAUCGACUGCUGACUGCAUCGGUAAAUGGAGAAAUUGGAGACAUCUCGGUGCAUGAUGCUAUGCCGCUCUCGCUGUCGUCUCACGGAGCUGUGACGUUUGGUUGUGGGCGAUUAUUGUUUGGCGGGGCUGUCAGUGGGCCUGGAUUGGGGACGUCGGCUAUGACUCGACUGUCGUUGGAAGAGGAUGUGGCUUCAGUCUCUCGUGGGGAAGAGGACAUUUCAAAUGAAAUGUACAAGCUGGCUAAGCAAGGCUACUCGAUCGGGUUAUCCAAGAACCUGAAGCUGUUUAACGAGCCUACUCAACGUGGUCGACAGCUGCGCAAUUUGUGGCUCUGGGUGGAUCAGGUUGAGGCUCUUCGUCGCAUUCGAGCGUCGCGUGUGGAGCAGUCGCGUUCUACCAGCAACGGACUUGGGAACAGUGCUGUGAACGCUGCAAUGGCGGGUCCUUUGCGCGGGUGGCCUGUAGAUCCCAACGCACUUGUCAUCGCUGGUGUGAAGAGUCUAUUGACAGCCAUUGGAGAUCCCUCGACAGCCUCAAGGCCUAGCUCUUCCGGGUCUAUGGCCACCGCCCAGGAGGACUCCAGAGAAGAAGAGCUUGUCGUUACUGUCGUGUCUGUGAUGAAGACCGAUCAAGUUCUUGGCUGCCAGUACUUUGAAGGGCCUGGACGACGACUGGGAUUGUUAGCAUGCAAUUGGGACCCCGACAGCGGCCAAGGAGCCUCCCGAUCGUCGUCAACGGGUGUAGGUGGACCAGGCCUCGACAAUACUGCGGGAAGGAACAUGCAUCGCAGUAGUUCAAGUAUCUGGAACCCUCAGAAGCAGUACGACGAGAACGCGCACUUCGCGAACCGCUCGUGGAACGAGAAUGGUCGUCAUGAGCUCCAGAAUAUCCUCAAUCGCUGCGAGUUGGAAGGCAAUUACGCUCGAGCAGCAGCGCUGGCAGUUUUCCAUGGAGACUUGAAUGCAGCCGUGGCGCUACUUCAGAAAGGGGCGACGUGGCUGACUCAGAUGCAACACUUGAACGUGGGAGUCUCGUCGCCGUACUCGCCGGAUUUAUUACAACUGAUCGCGAUGUCUGUUGCGGGGUAUUCUGCGUCCAUUGCAAGUACCGGAGGGCUCUCUCUGUGGUCUAAUAUGACCCAACAGUUGCUCAAGCGAAGUGAGAUCAUGUCCCAAGCAAAUCCUCGCUACUUCCACGCGAUGCUGUCCUUCUUGUGUGUCGCGAGCUCAGCUUCCUCGUCGAAUUCGACAAACAUGAAUGCCAUGCGAGCUAGUCAGCAGCCACCACGACGUGGGAAUAGUCGAAGACAAUGGGGCAGCGUGGACGGACUGGCAGCUUUUGGAGCGAGACCUGCAAGUGCUGGUGCGUACUCGGCGAUUCUGAACGAUAUCACGCUGCCGCUAAGCGAUCGGCUGGCGUUUGCUUGUCGGUAUCUUCAGGCUGACGAGCUGCUGGCGUUUGUCGCUCAGCACGAAGAAGAAAGCGAACAGUUUGGGCGUCUGGAAGGUUUAAUUGUGACUGGACUCAACGCUGACGGUAUUCGACUUCUGCAGACGUACUUGGAUAUGACGGGAGAUGUCCAGACACUAGCGUUAUUAGCUGCUCGACUGCCGUCUUCUGGCAACUCUUCCACGAACGAGCUCGAUUCGAUGUGGGUCGCUCGCAACUCGAAGAUCUUCUGA